GCGAGAGAGUUGCGUUCGUUUGUAGUACUGCAGCUUGGCCCGGCCUGAUCAAUUCGAUUCCAUCGGCGUCAAUUGCACACGGCUGCAGCAAUGCUCAAGUGGUGCGCCAACCCGGCCCUGCUCCGGGGCCGUCCCGUCUCGGCGGACAUUGCGAGAGUGACCGACGGCAUUGCAGCGUCGUUGAGGGAGUUUCACGUUUCUGCGCUUCGUGCAGAUGAAGAGAGCGGUAGAAACCGACCCAGACCAUCCUCUACCCGAGGCCAACGCAGUGCAGCUGCAAACAAUGAGAUUCAAUCAUUUGGUCGAUCCAACCAAGGCGUAAGACGCGAAGGAGAAACGUCGGCACCGCGCGGCCCUACAAGGCCUCGAGGCAUCGAUCUGCGAGCGCUUGGAGCAACGCCCAACCCAAAGACCAACGCAGACGGAUCCAACCGUGAUGGCUCCAGAUCUCCCAACUUCAAGUUUGCCAAACGCGGCGGCGGUGGUGGUGCUGGUGCUGGCGGCGCAAAUACUCGCGGCGGAGUACGCGGUGGUCGCGGAGCAGCAGGCAAACCUGGGGGCGGUCGUGGCGGUCAGCGCGGUUCAGCUCCUAGAAGAGGCGGUGGUAAUAAGAAACCUGGGCAGAAUCGGCGAAGAGAUACUGAUCAGGAGUUUCGCAAGACCAAGGAGGAGGAUGAACCCAUUUCGGAACGGCAGAGACUCUAUUAUGCGGAAAAGAAGGCCGCAGAGUGGAGAGACCGUCUGCCAAAGCCGGCGAAACUUCGCCACAAUACUCCCGACGCGCUUCGGGAAUCACUUGGCAAUCAUGCUCUUCCUCUGAUCACAAGGAGUGGCUUUGGUGCGGCUGGUGCUGUCGAGCAGAAGCUAAGAUUGCUCGCAGCAAGACGGCCAGAUGAGGUCAUUAUCCCAGAAGAGCUUGCCAGAAGGCAGGUCAAGGGUAGCUAUGUCUUCUUCGAGUCUGACGCCGAGAAGAAUGCGGCUGCGGCUGAGGCGGAACGCUUGAGCGAGCGACAUGCGACCAAGAAGACAGAGGAGAAGGGCGAAUUGGUUAAGAAGGAGGAUGUCAGCCUUGCUACUCGGAAUGCUGAGUCUCGAAAAGAGAUUGUCGACUCUCUGGUCAGAGGUGUAUAUCCUCCCGUGAAAAAGGGAGAUGUGCUCAAGGAGACUGCCUUUGAGCGUGUCUCGCGUCUUACAUGGAAGAACGGGACUUGCAGCCCUCAACAGGGCGCAGAUAUAUUGGCCAAAGUUAAACGCAUAGUACCUGCGCAGCAGAGCAAGCCCGGCAAGCCCGGCAAGCAGCAUGCUCGCGCUUAGGCUUGCUUCAAUCGCAGUGUUUUCCCACCCGUUUAGCACAUUAGAGUGGUCCUUUCUUUGGACCUCCUUUUACCUUCUCCAGGCGCAUGUAUAUUAUAAUGGACG